AUGGCAAGCAAGAAGGCGAGUGAUUCUACACAGGCUCGUGAAGGGGCGGUUUUUGUGCGCAAGGAUGGCAAUAUUGAGUUGCGAGUAAGAGCAAAACCCGGAGCAAAACGAAGCCAAGUCAUGGAGGUUGGAACUGAAGAAAUCGGUAUAUCUAUAGCCGCCCCACCGAGAGAUGGAGAAGCAAAUGACGAGUUGAUUCGACAUUUGCGCACAGUACUCAAUGUUUCAAAAAGCGAUCUCUAUUUCGAUAAGGGUGCAAAAUCUCGUUCAAAGAUUCUGAUACUUGCGUCAAAGGGGCUGACAGUCGAACAAGUCGUCGAGAAGCUGAAAAGCGAUUCCUCG